AUGACUUGUCAUCCCAGGACUUGUGAUAAUUAUGCUAAAUACGCCCAGAAUUUAUACUGUAAUUGCAAAAUCUACAACGAUAUCCAUGCCAAUUUGACGCCUCUUGACGAUGAAACAGACAGUUCUGCUGAGACCGAACCAUUUCGGAUCCCCAGAGCAUCUCCUUAUCCAAGAAUAUACCCUGUUGAAAGUUGUUAUCAAAUUGCUAAUCAAAAACCAUCUAAAGAUAAAUGUGGUGAUGUUAAAUUGACGGAUAAUUCUAGGGAUGAUCUUGUUGCACAAUAUUGUUCGACCGAAAAGAAAUGUGUUGAGAUGAAACGUCUUCCGAGAUUCACUACCCUUCCGAAAUAUUUCCAGCCUGAUUGUGAAGAAAGUACAGACGACUCCGAAAAUGGUGAGUGCGUUCUCAUCUGGAAGAAAGUUGAAACUGAACCCAGCAAGCGAUCCAAUAAGCGAAAUACAAAGUUGGGAACAAAAUGUUGUCGAUGA